UACUGGUGAGUCACCUUACUUUUUAAUGUUUGGUCAAGAGCCUCGGCUCCCUGUUGACUUUUUGUUGGGCAGAGGACAGGAAAGGCAGUCCAGAGGAAUAAAUGAGUGGGUGUUGGAGCAUCAAACAAGGUUGCAGGUGGCUUUUGAGGGAGCCCGAGAACAUUUGAAGGCAGCUGCAGAUCGUCGUAAGGAGAAGUAUGACUCUGGUGUUCGGGAUGCACCACUGGGAGAGGGCCACCUAGUUUAUCUACGAAAUUAUGGUAGGAGAGGGCGCCAUAAGAUCCAAGAUCUCUGGAGCCCAGUAGUGUAUCGGGUCAUACGGGCACCUAAAACGGGUGGGUCUGUUUACACCAUAGCACCUGUAGAUGACUUGAGUAAGGUGAAGCAUGUCCAUCGUUCUCUGUUAAAGAACCGAGUGCAACGAGAUCCCGCGGUUUUUGUUCCAACUGAAGCAUCAGCCGUUGUGGAGGCACCACCUGUGGAGGAGUCCUCAUCAGUGGAUGAAGUAGACUUGUGGGUCGUGGUACCCGAACCUCCUCAGCUGGGUGGUGGACCAGUAAUGCAGAAUCCUGCAUCUUUAGAUCCAGCUGUAUCCUUGAGGCCUGCUGCACAACAGGAUGCAGUUGAGGGUGGUACCCUGGAUGCUCUGGGGGCUUCUGGACAAUCCGGUUUGAGGCCUAGAACCUCAUCGCUUGGGGAGCCUUUGUUAGUGGAGCAGCCUACGGCGAGUGAAGUUUCUGUGCGACGUACAGGGAGGGCUAAUGCUGGUCUGCAUUCUAAUCGUUACCAUCUCCCAAGGGCAGUUGGUGGAAUGGUAGAGUCCGGGGCUUCUGUAUUGAAUUCGGUUUCUGCCCUGUUUAGGCCCUGGAAUUGAGUGGUCCAUCGUCGGGGCGACGAUUCAAUUGGCGGGGGUAGAUUGUGGCAGAGUGAGUACGCUCCUCCCCUGUAUUUAGAAGACAGCCUAUCAGAGCAGAGUGCUGCGUAUAUAAAAGCCGCUUGUUGUGCUACCCGGGAUGCGUCAUCGCUAGCUCCGCCCCUUGGUGUGUGUGGGUUUCCGCAUGGAAAAGGUAUGGUUUGGUGGCAGUUUGUCUGGUGUUAAAUUUUAGUGUAUAUCAAUUAAUUGAAUUCACUCUUGUAGCUGGAAUAGCUUCUGGUUUGCGGUUUUGCAGUGGUGCGCAGGCUGUCAUUGAUCCCGGCUGGGUUGAGUCCACUUUCCGUGUGAAUUGUCAAACAUUAUGCUGUGAGCAAUCAUACAACUUAGGUUAUUUUGACGAAGAUUUGGGUAGGUAUCAGUGUAUUUUUAUGUAUUACACUUGUUAAUUUGGUUAACGGAUUGUUAAAUCUUAGCAGGAUAUUCCGUGGA